AUUAUCAAGCAACGAAGUAUGAAAGACUACGGCUAUCUUACAAUCAUUAGUUUGAUUUGGUGAUAAUUUAACUUGAUGCAAUGAUUAUAUGGAAUAAAACUAAUCUAAUAAUCUUCUGAACUCAUUUGAGUUUAAAUACGUUAUUAUUUAGUACAGUUAUGAAGAGUUUUUGAGGUACAUUCUGGUUAUGAUAUCGUUACAAAUUGUAUUUACUAUGCGUCACACACGUGUCGUAUGUAUAUAAUCAAUUUUAUGUACAUACAUAUUAUGUACCUUGUAUAUAUGUAACGAUACGGUUAUUCUAGCAGUGUCGUUUACGUGUUAUAAAUAAAAUUUCAUUUUUCGUUUGUGUGCGUCAUUACUCACAUGUCAUUACAGUCGCAAUGCUUUCUCAACCAAAUUCCAAAUCUGUCCCAGAGACCAUUCAUUCUGGUCAAUUUAUGGUGUCGAAUUUUGAAGCAGAAGCCCAGGAUGAUGAUUAUCAAGUAGCCGUUCCAGUGUCUGAAGAAAUAUUGACACAAGCGGAUGUUAACAAUUCUAAAACUAUGUUAAAUAAUCUUUUCCAAUGUAUGUCUUUUGCAUACAAACAGAAGCUAACUUCACCAAAAUGGAAUCCUUUUAAAGGGGUUCGCUUAAGAUGGAAAGAUAAAAUACGAUUAAACAACUUAAUAUGGAGAUGUUGGCACAUGCAAUUUAUAAAGAAAAAUAAUUUCAUGGUUUGUCAAUUUGCAUCACCUGUUGAAGUAGUAGAUAUUCAUAAGCAACCUGAGGCAGUUGUUCUAGAGGGAAAAUAUUGGAAAAGAAAGCUUAAUGCUGUAACUGCAGAGUAUAAAAAGUGGAGAUUAUUUUAUAGAAGUCUACUGCAAAAUGGCUUUAAAGAAAGACAAAAAUUGUUAAAUGAAUUCUUAGCUUGGCAGCAGGAUAAUAAUGGAGACACAAGAAUAGAUGAUGAUUAUUUGAAUUUUAUUAGUGAUACAUUGUUUUCAACAGUUGUUUCCAAUCAACGAAUUUUCGAAUUUCCUAAUACUAGAGAUGAUAAAUCUACAAAAAUAGCUGAUUUUAUACAACCUAGUUUGGGACAAUUGCAGCCUAAUUUAGAUGAAUUCAUGGACACUAUUGAACCGUUACAAGAUCUUUUUAGUCCGCCAAAAUUACCAGCUGUACCAGAAGAAUGUCAAAUGCCUUCAGAAUCAUCCAACAGUAUGUACAAUCAAUCAUAUGGAGAAGUCAAUUCAUGUUAUCCAACAAAUCAGCAUUCAUUAACUUUACACUCAGAACUAAAUCAACUGAAAAUGUCUAAUAAUCGUCCAGAAAAUUCAGACCCCUCUUGUCCAUUACAUGCUAGUAAUUAUUCAUCUGGUGAAAAUUUUCAAUCAAAUUUUUCAACAACAUUGUACCACCAGUCAUCAACUUCUGAAUACCAAAACUCAAAUAAUUCAUACAACAAUAUUUCUACAACUAAUACACAAACUCAACAUAAUGAUUUGCAGUUACCUAUUCCAUCUUCAUCGUAUCCUAUAUUUGAUUAUAAUGCAUCAAACAUGGAACAUGGUUCAGUUAUAAAUUCAAAUACUUACCAUCAAUCUCAAAACAUAUCUACUUCUAAUAAUUCUGUAAUGGAUUUUACAAAUGAUUCAUCUAGUAAUGAUUACAAAAAUAGAACACCACAGGUUCAAGCAUAUAGCAAAUUUCCUCCUAUACUUAGAAGUUCACAAGAUAAUUUUGUCACUCCAAAAAUUCGUCAAAGACCUCGCGGUAGACAAGCACAAUCAAAACAAAAGGUCAUAUCUUCAAAUGAUAAUGGUCAAAGUGUUUUGUUGGCACAAUUGCUUAAUAAUAACAAUAACAAUGUUUUUGCAUCAUCGAACACAAAUGAAUUGCCCAACAGUAUGAAUAAAUUUCGUAAUAAUAGUGGAUCUUAUCAAUCAUACCAACAGGUACAACAAAUACCUUACCAAUUAAUUCAAAGAAGAGCAAGAACUCCUGAUCAUGUUUUAACAUCUUAUACUGAUCAUUUUGUUUAUCGUAAACCAAGUCCUGUUUUUAUGAAUCAGAGUGAUUGUAACAUGUAUAAUUUAACUCCCAAUACCCGUGGUCUUCUUGAUGCAGUUGGUACACCUGGAGGUAUACAUCAGUUGCCUCAAAUUCAACCACGGUUUGAUAUACCCCAUAAUAAUCAUUCUCAUGGAUACUCAACUUACAGGCAUCCUCAAAAUCAAGAAUAUAAUAAUCACACUGUUCUUAACAAAACACCACCGACUAACAAUCAACCUUCUCCACCAACAAACUAUACUCAACCAAUAAUAACUCCAAGUCCUCAAACUCAUUCUUUAUCUCCAUCAUCUAUAACAUGUAAUUCUGAUAUAUGUCAAAAAACUCGUUCCUCUAAUCAAUCUAAUGAAUCAAUUAAUUUGUCCCAAAGGAGUGAUACUUCAAUUACUAUCCCGCCACAUGCUAUGAUUCCAGGACCAUCUCGUACUCCAUAUAAGGAACAUAGGAGAGUUUGUCACAUUAAUGCUGAACAAAAACGACGAUGUAACAUCAAAAAUGGAUUUGAUAUGCUUAACAUGUUAAUACCACAAAUUAAUCAAAAUCCCAAUGCUAAAAUGAGUAAGGCUGCUAUGUUACAAAAAGGUGCAGAUUACAUUCUCCAAUUGAGAUCAGAAAGAGCACGUCUGUAUGAUGAGAGACAAAAUUUGCAACAACAAGUUGAAUCUCUAAAUUUAGCUAUAAGCAAUUGUCAAGCAAUGUUACCAGCAACAGGAGCUCCAUUUUCAAGGCAACGAACUACAAAGAUGAAAGAAAUGUUUGAUGAAUAUGUCAUAAAACGAACACAGGAAAAUUGGAAAUUUUAUAUUCUUAGUUUAAUAGCUGAGCCUUUAUUAAAUUCAUUCAAUUCUAGUGUAUCAACAACUAAUUAUGAGGAGAUGUACCGUACCACAUUUCAAUGGGUGGAACAACAUUGUACCCUUGGUGAUCUCAGGCCAAUUGCCUUAAAUGCAUUACGGAAUUUAUGUACGUCAACUGAAAUACUGUCGGAUCCUUCUAGUUUACCCGAAGAGAUUAAAAAUAUUAUACAAAAUAGUCAUAAGCAAGGAACUAGAAAUUAGAACGAUUAUUUUAUCAAUUUUAUUAAAUAAGAAUUAUUAUUAUUAUGUGCCAUUUGUUUUUUGUUUUGUUAUUGUUAUUUUUUUUGUUUAUUAAUCGUGUUAUUUUUCAUUAUUUAAAUUGUAUGGAUUUUCGUGUUAACUUAUUUUUAUUUGAUUGUUGUGACUAAAUAGCUAAGAAUUAAAAAAAUUAUGAGAUAA